AAAAUAAUCUAAUAUUCUCAAUCUAAUUUUUUUUUGAACUUUUUUUUUUAGUUUAGUUUUAUUUUAAUUUUUUUUUUGAAUAUCUGUAUUUAUUCAUGAAAGGCAAACAAGAUCUCCCCACUGCUCGUUUUACAUCGAUUACUCACUUUUAUUUUAAAUUUAUAGAAAUAUCAGCUAAUGGUUUUGUAUGGAUUAUUGGAACUUUUCUUUUAUUGAUAUUAACUCCAUAUCUACAACAACAAAAUUAUAUCCUUAAUUUACUUUGGUAUUUGCUCUUGGAUGUCAUUAUAAUCUCAAUACUAAAAGGAGUGUUUAAACGCAGUCGACCUAACUUAACCAUUACUGAAAAAGAAGUAUUAUUGAUAUCAGUAGAUAAAUAUUCAUUUCCAUCAGGGCAUGCUUCUAGAUGUGUACUUCUAACCUUUAUAACCAUCAAAUAUUUAUGUUGCAAUAGUGAUAUCAUUUGUUUGAAAAAUUAUUUAAAUGAGAAUAAUAUUAUAUUUAAUAUUUCUAUUUUCAAUUUAUUUAAUACAAUUAUAUUAAAAUUAAUAUGCAAUUUUUUAAUUCUUUUUUGGGUCAUUUCAGUACUGAUAUCGCGUUUAUAUUUAAAACGUCAUUUUAUAUCUGAUAUUAUAUGUGGUAGUUUUAUAGGUAUUAUUGAAUUUUUCAUUUUUGAAAAAUACAUAUGGUUGUCUAAUGAAAAAUGCCAAGAACUCCUUCUUCCAUAUCAUUUACAUUUCAAUUAUUAGUUAUUUAAUCAUAAUAUUUUAAUAAGCUCAUAUGAAAUAAAUAUAUUACACUCAAUUUAAUAUAAUAUAAUUAUAUUUUUUUAUUGACAAUAACAUGUAUUCGUCUCUGAUGAGUUCUCAUAUCUAUCAAAAUGAUAUUUAUUAAUAAAAAUUGUUAUAAUUUGUAAUGAAAUAAAAGUUUAUAUUAUUAUUUUUAUAUAUUUAAGAACAUGUUUUUUACAUACACAACUAAUAUAUAAAAGUUAAAAUAUUUAGAGCAAA